AAAAGAAGUUAAUCUUUUAAUAUAAUGAAUAAAAAACUAUUUUAAAAAUAUUAAAAUUAAGAAUAAAAUUAACAACUAGAAAAAUAAUUUAAUUAAAUAUCUUAUGUAUAAAAUAAUUUGAAUAAUUUAUCUCUUAUAAGUAAUAAAUUCGGAAUACUGAAUUUGUCAAUGUAAGAUAUCUUUAAUUAAGUAGAAGAGUAAACUAAUACUCAUUUUAUGUUAAAAUGUUCAUAUAUAGAAAUUUAUAAUGACUAAAUAUAUGAUUUAUUAACUAUUUAAUAACAUUUUUAAGAAUAAUUAUUUAUAGGAGAAAGUUAAAAUAAAGAAUUUUUUGUAAAAGGAGCAUGUGAAUAAAUAAUAAACUCUCUUUAAGAUAUUUAAGAAGUUUUAAUAAAAGGAGAAAAAAAUAAGCAUUAUGCAUAAACUGUAAUGAAUCAUAUUUCUUCCAGAUCUCAUGCUAUAUUCAUGCUUGUAAAAAAAAAUAUUUAUUUAAAAAGAAAUAUAAAAUUAUUAUUUAAAUAUAGUAGUGAAAGAUUAGAAACUUUAUAAUAAAAUAAAUCAAAUUUUUUAGAAGGAAAUAGUCUUUUAAAUAAUAUAGUAAGAGAUAAAUAAAAUGAAAGUAAAACAAUAAAUAAGAGUCUAUUUUUCUUAACAUAAGUAAUAAACCUUAAAAGUUAGAGAAAAAAUGACGUCCAUAUCCCUUAUAGAAACAGCCCUUUAACAAAGUUGCUUAAAAGUUCUUUAGGUGGAAAUAGUCGAACUGCAAUUAUUUUAUGUAUAAAUCCUUGUUUAAGUUAAAUUGAUUAAAGUCUAAGCACUUUAAGGUUUGGUUUGAAUGCAAAGAAAAUAUAAAAUUUGGUAUAAAAAAAUAUUGCUUAAGAAUUAAAUAAUGAUUAUUUGAGAAACAUUAUUAAAGAAUAUGAAAAAAGAAUAAGGGAAUUGGAGGAAGAAAAAGAUUAAAGUAAAGCUGAUUCUUAAAAACUUCUUUAAACUAUUUAAAAUUUAGUCAAUUAAAAAAAUAAUAUCUAAUAAAGACUUAAAAAUGAAGAUGGAUUAAAUUAGGUUUAAAUUGAUGAAUUUUCUAACAAAUAAGAUAAUAUAAGCUUUAAAAAUUAGGAUUACAUUUGUAUUGAAAAUGUUGGAUUAAUAAAAGUAUUUUAUAAAAUAUUAAUUUUCUCUCUUUAUACAAAAAAAAUAUAGAUAUUUAAUAAAUAAUAAUAAAGUAAAUAAAACAAUAACUCUUUAAUUAAUUUAAGUUAAAAACUAAAUGAAAAUAAUUAAUAGAAUUUAAGUAAAAAAUAAUUAUUGUAAAUAUAAAUUAUUUUAUAUUAAAAAUACUUGUAGUUUAGUAAAAUAAUGAAAAAGAAAAUAAUCUUAGUAUAAAAAUUUUAAAUUAAUAAUAAUAUGUAAAAUUUUAUUAUAAUGAAGUCAAAUAAUAAUUAAUAUAAAUAAAAAAUAGGGCCAAUAAAAAAAUAGUAACUCAUAAAAUAACUUGCUUGUUAAAUAAAUAAAUUUAUUCUAAAGUAUAAGAGACUCAGAUAUCACAAAUUUAAAUCUAAAAGAUUUAGAAAAAUUAGAGGAAGAUACACAUGA